UAGCACCUGCGCGCGCCGUUAUCAUAAAGUAGCGCCGUCUUGGAGAUCGUCUGCGCCUGAACCCUUUAGGAUAUCCGUUAUUGUUUACCACACCGAAGCAGGAUGGAGGAGGCAGAAUUGUUAAAGGAGCGUCUUCAAGCCAUAACAAAUAAGAGAAAAAUCCAGGAGGAAAUUGGCCAGAAACGACUUGAGAUUGACAGAGAGAAACUUAAGCUUCAGCAUGUCAAAAAAAGGUCCAUGAGAGAUCUGUGGCUCUUGGAUGGGGUGAACAGUAAUAAUACACAGGAAACACAGAAAGCUCUUGAUGAUGCACAACAAACCAAAGUCCUUAAGAGAAACAUACAUAGAAUAGAGAAGGAGAUUGAAGCAUUGGAAAGAGAAGAAAUUAAUAUAUCAACGAACGAGGGGCUGAUUCUAAAGAGGCUAAAAGCCAUUGAAAAGUCUGCAGAGGAAAUAAUCAAGGCAGUGAAUGCAGAAUUCAUAUCAGAGCCAAUCCAUAUUGAUUCGACAUUUCCAAAUAUACUAAAGCCCAAAACACCAUUAUCAAAUCAGAAGAAGAAACUAGACCUGCAUGCAGAAGCCAAAACGGACCAAGCCAAACCUGCUUUGUUAGCCAUGGAAAUUAAUGUUCAGAAGGACCUGCGCACGGGUGAGACCCAAGUCAUAUCCACUUCCACCAUUUCUCCACAAGAGCUUCAGCAGAGGGGCAUCAAGGUCUAUGACGAUGGCCGGAAAACCGUCUAUGCCCUGCGCACAGACGGCAGCCAGCCUGGUGCAAACGGAGUGGACGAACUCAGUCCUGUGGAGGUGGAGGAACUCAUCAGACAGGCCUCUGAAAAAAAGAAGAGGUCCAAUCGAGUGGAGGCGGAAGCGUCACAUCCCUACAGCCUUUCCCACGAACUACAGUCAUCCCCUUGUCAGCCACAUAGAGAGAGCCACCAAUCCAAUGGAUGUCAGGAUCCUUACAGUGUAGACCUGUCUGCGUGGCCUGAGCUCAUGUACAGCGACAGCGUACAUUACCCAGAGGACCAUAGAGUUCCUCUCUUGCCCAUGCCCAAUUACAAUGAAAGAUCAGAAGAGUAUUUUCACAACAGCUACAGUCAUGAGUUAGGCCUAAAUAGAAAGGAAACACAUGCAUUUGGACAGCAUAGCGACCCGAGAGAGAACCAAAGAGGAAACCUGAAUUCUGACAUCAAAAACCACAGGCCCGACUCAGCAUGCUCUGAGGACUCCAAGCUCAGCAUCCUGAACGCCCUGCCAUCGGAUGAACCCAUCACUAUGAUCUUCAUGGGUUACCAGAAUGCAGAGGAGGACAGCCAGGACUAUGAAGGCUCCGUCCGGGCAGAGCUGGUGAUUAUUGGAGAAGGUGAAGAUGACACAAGCAAGGGUUUUCACACCAAUCAGAACACCAACGUCAACAAUGCCUGCACCUACCGGGCUGUAGGACAGGGGGACGGUUGGAAGGGAGAUGGCACAGAGAACCCGUCAGCUACAGCACUACACGUAAGGAUGAAGAAACUGGGCCAAACUGUAUAGUAUCCAACAUGCACAAUCGCUGGAACUCACACUCUGGAAACUCUAGGAAUCUUGUAUGAUUUAACCUAAAUUAACAUAUUAGCAAAGAUAAUUCA